AUGGCGUGGGCGUCUCCGAAUGCUAUAUUGGAGUUGUCAGAAAAGUUACUCUAUGACGCGCACUAUCAAACACCAUUCUUUAAUGAUUACGACUGGUAUUUGGUGCCUAUGGGCAAUCCUGACGGCAUUGAAUUCACUCAUAAAAUACGUACACGAGCGCCAUUGGACUCCGCCGAUUGGGCACAGAACAUAUCUGUAAGAGCUGCAACUCGUCCAUCAGAAUGGCACAAGAAUGUUGAUCUGGAAGACGAACAAAAAGAUACGCGCUGUUUUGGGACAAAUAUCAAUCGGAAUUUUGCUUAUCAUUGGCAAGACGACGUGCAUAAAACUCCGACACAAUGUUGCCAGUAUUAUCCCGGUCAGAAACCAUUUUCCACCGCCGAAGCAAGAGCAAUUCGGAAAUAUGUAGAUAAAAUGGGUGAUUUUAUUAACUUAGCCAUACAUUUACACGCCAGUUUUAAGCCAAAAAAGGUGCACCAGAGCAGUAACGACGAGCGUGUCGCAGGAACAUUGAUUGAUUACAUCAGUGGUGUGGUGGGUGUUGACCUGGUGUUCCUCAUCAAACCAUACCACGAAAUGUUCCCCAAUUUCACAGACACGAACAACCUCAGAUUAUAUGUGAAGAAGUCCAUUACGACGGUGUUAAGCUUGGUGCGAGCUUGGCGCAGUAGCACGAGACAAAACACACUCUCCUUCUUCGGUAGAGAUGUUGAGUUCUGA